AUGUCUUUAGAAGAACCGUUCGCCUCAAUCGAAGACGAAACCCCCACAAGCAACGCAUCAUGGGAGCGCCUGAGUCCGCGUGAGUUCUCACUGAGGCACGCGGGCAUGGGAAUCGCGACUGGGUACGCGCUGAUCAUAGCGGUGGGUUUGGUGGGCAAUGUGACACUCAUCCGCACCUUCUGCAGUGUUAAAUCCAUGCGCAACGUUCCCAACCUGUUCCUUUGCAGCCUGGCAUUAGGGGACGUGUUGCUUCUUGUUACCUGCGCGCCCGUGGAUGCCAGUCGGUACCUGGCUGAUGAGUGGCUGUUCGGAAGAACAGGGUGCAAACUCAUUCCCUUCAUCCAGCUUACGUCUGUUGGUGUGUCGGUGUUCACCCUCACAGCCCUGGCAGCCGACAGAUAUAAAGCCAUUGUUAAACCCAUGGACAUCCCAACAUCACAUGCCAUAACCAAGAUCUGUUUAAGAGCUUCUGCAAUUUGGCUUCUCUCUAUGAUUUUGGCUAUCCCUGAGGCUGUUUUCUCUGACCUGCAUACCUUUCACAUACCACUAACCAAUGAAACCUUCCAAACAUGUGCACCAUAUCCCCACACAGGGGACCUGCACCCCAAAAUUCACUCCAUGGCCUCUUUUCUGAUAUUCUACGUGAUCCCCCUCUUCAUCAUCUCAGUUUAUUACUUCUUUAUUGCAAGAAGCCUGAUUCGGAGUGCCAUUAAUAUUCCUGUGGAGGGAAAGAUGCCCAUCAGGAGACAGAUGGAGUCAAGGAAACGACUGGCCAAGACAGUUUUGGUGUUUGUGGGCCUAUUUGCUGUCUGCUGGCUUCCCAGCCAUAUCAUCUACCUGUACCGUUCCUACCAUUACUCCGAAGUGGACACUUCCAUGAUGCACUUUGUCGCCAGUGUGGCUGCACGCAUCCUGGCAUUCACCAACUCAUGUGUCAACCCAUUUGCCCUCUACUUGAUGAGCAAGAGCUUUCAGAAGCAGUUCAACCAAAAACUUUGCUGCUGCUCUCCUUUACUUCUCCACAAGCAAAGUACAGGACACACCAACACAUGCAUGAGCUCUCUGAAAAGUAUGCAGAAUCAAACCAUAGCCAGCUUUAGCCUCAUCAACAGUAACCACAGGUGCCAGGAGGUAUGCACCACAAGUGGUGUUUGA